GUUCUCUCACACUUGGCAAAUUAAUCUACAUUAUCCAAUCAGAAAAGGUGUUGUUGAGCUUCAGCCAAUGGAAGCAGCCGUUGUUGCAGCAUGGGUGGGCGGGGCAGGCUUUUGCAGCUUGAUAUCACUGGGCUUACACUGGUUGAUAGACGCACGUUGUAGAUUUAAUAAUUUCCAAUAAUUUGUUUGCAUUUUGCGGUGACACUCCGGCCGGAUGGGGGGAAACGGCCCGAGUCACUUUGCUACGGGAGAAGAAGAAGGUGGAGUGACUUUUGUGAAGGGCAUUCGGCUUUCAGACCGAGUCAUACACCGAAUGCGGCAGCCUUCAAAGGCUCCUCCAUCUACAGAGGGCGAACCAUCUACUGCUAAAUCUGAAACUCCUCCCUCAGUCCAGGAUCUGCUCCCACUCCUGACCCCCUCACCCCCUCAGGAUGUCCCAACUACAGUUGCUCCAUCACUGGACACUGCACCACCACAACCACCACCUGUUAAGCUAGUCCCACCUCCACCUGUAAAGUUUCACUCUCUUCCCCCUCCUAGUGUAGAGGCCACACCCGAACCCAAAGCCACACCCACAACUGAACCCUCCCCACCUGCAGCCAUAGAAACGCCUGUAGAUCUACCUCCACUGGCUGCUGACCCGGGACCAACUCCUCCACCACCAAUAAUUGAAUCUCCUCCAGUUCCUGUCAUUGAAUCUAUUGUGGAGUCAACCCCAACUCCAGAGCUUGCAGCCCCACUUCCUAGCAUUACUGAGCCAGUUUCACCAACUUGUAAUGAGGAACAAACUUGUCCCAUUCCUGUAACAAAAAUAGAAGAUGUACCUUCACCACUGAUUCCACCACCUGUUAUGGAGCUGCCUCCCCCUUCCCAAGUUGUUGAACCAGAAACCCCCUCUUUCCCACUUGUGGCUGAACCAACUCCUCAGAUCACUGUUCUGUCUCCACCUGUAGAACUUGCUCCUUCCAUUGAGCCAGCUAUUGUCACCCCACCUUGUGAUCAUUUGACUCCUCCCCCAGAGCCAAUGCCUGUUGAAUCAGUUGUUGUUGCUCCUCUCAUUGAAUGUACACCAGUUUUAGCCCCACCCACUGAACCCAUACCUCUUGAGCCAGUCACUUUAGCAUCGCCUCCUGAAUCAACACUUUCAGAGCCAAUUGUUUUACCUGUAGAUACUUCAUCUGUCGAAGCAGAAGUCAUAGCUCCGCCCCCUGAGCUUACACUGCCAGCAGUUUUAGCUCCACCCACUGACUUUGCACCUAUCUUGAUUUCUGAAACCGAACCCACACUUGUUGAACCAGCCAUUUUAGCUCCAACUAUUGAGGCUACACCUAUAUUAGCCCUGCCCCCUGAGCUUACACUUGAUGAACCAAUUGUUUUAGCCGAAACCCCUGAAUCAGCCCCAAUUUUAGCUGCUUCCAUUGAUAAUACCUCUGCUUUAGCCCCACCUCUUGAGUUCACACCUGUUGAACCUGUUGAACCUGUAAUUUUGGCUCCGGUCAUUGAAAUGACACCUGUUGAACCAGUAGUUUUAACUACUCCUGAACCUGCAAUUGUCGAACCAGUCACUUUGGCUCCUCCCACUGAGCUUCCACCUGUCGAGCCAGUCAUCAUAACCCCACCCAUUGAUGCCGCUUCUCUUUUAAGCCCACCCUCUGAUUCCACUCCCCUUUUAACUCCACCCACUGAUGACACUCCCCUUUUAAGCCCACCCUCUGAUGCCACUCCCUUUUUAACCACACCCCCUGAAGCCUCACCCCUUUUAACUACACCCACUGAAGCCACAGCCCUUUUAACUCCACCCACUGAAGACACAGCCCUUUUAACCCCACCCACUGAAGACACACCCCUUUUUACCACACCUCCUGAACCAGCACUUGUUGAAAUUGUGGCUUUAGCUCCUGCCGUAGAACCUACACCUGUUGAACCAUCCGUUAUAGCCCCAUCCUCUGAACCCGUUUCCCCAGUUACUGCUGAUGUCCCACUCACUCCUGUUGAGACAAUUGAAGUUGAGCUUGUACCACCAUCUGCCGAGAUGACUUCUGAACCUGUUGUUCCAUCUGUCACUAUUGAAGAAAAACCCUCUCUGUUGUCUGUUGAAUCUCCACCUGAAUCUCCAUCUGAGUCUGCUCCUCCAGUGGAAGUAGCCAUAGUACCAUCAGAAUCCACUGCAGAUGCAUCAGCACCACCCUCUGAACAGGCCACUGAGAUCCUAGCUUCACCCACUCCUACUGAAAAAGUUCAGAUUGUCACUGCAGAGCCCCCAGCUGAGCUGGUCCCUCCUGAAGUGGUCGAGGAUAGGCUGAGGCAGAAGAUUAAAGCUGAGUUGGAGUUGACUUUGGAGGAAGAGAUUGCCAAGAGAAGACAAGUGCUGCAGAAACAGUUGGAGGAGUUGAGAGCGAUCGCCAUAGCUGAAGCAGAGGCAGCUGCACAGGCCCAGGUGGAGCAGCAGGUGAAAGAGACACUGGAGGCAGAGAAAUCAGCAUACAUGGAGCAGCUUACCCAGUCCAUCACCAAGGAGCGCAUGAAGACAGAAGAUGAGAAAUUGAUGGUGCAGCUUUAUUGGCUGGAACUUAAGGCUCAUAAACUGGAGCUAAGAGAGGAGGAGAUGAGGAAGCGUGACGCUCUCUACAAGGAACAUAUUGCAAAAUUAGAAUCAAAGUGUGCUCAAUUUUACAAAGUGACAGGUGACAGUUUCCAGAAAAGCAAAGAAGAGACACUCAAUCGGUUUGCUCGUUUUAAUAUCCAGCCGGUGUGUGGAGAUCUACAGAGUCAGAUCCUGAAGUGUUAUCAAGAAAACCCAGGGAAGACUCUGUCCUGCUCUGGUAUUGCCUCUGCUUACAUGCAGUGUGUGAACAAAGCCAAGGUGGAUAACAUGAGCACCAGAGGUUGAGAUGACAAGAUGAAGAUUGUACAAGUACUGCUCUUUUUCUAUGAAGUUGGAUAUUACACAAAUUGGGUAUAACCAGGGACAAGGAAAGACAGAUCACAAUGGAACUUGCAAAUGGAUAGGGACAACAGCCAGUGACCAUUUAGUUUUGGAGACUGGAAAAUUUGCAUAAGCUUUUAGUUGUAUGAGAUAUAGGGCAUAAUGUGAUACCAGACAAUUGAAUUUGAGAGUGUCUAUGCUGUGACCAAUCAUAGGUAAGUGGUCAUUAUUAUUCCUGGUUGAUGCAUAUAUUCACUACAGCUGAAAUACUGGGCACUGCUUUAAGACACGCUUACUGUGAAAAACCCUUGGUUUACCUACACUUACACUUUCCACAACCAACUGUGCCAAAACCAGAUAAAAUGUCAACAAUUCAACAGUGCUGUAUCUUUUCCUAAAUGGAAAUGUAGGAGUUUUAUUUAGUUAGAAUGCACUUAUUGUUUGUGUGAUGGAUUGUUUUAAUGUGUGCCUUAGUGUCACUAUCAUUGUACAUGUAUCAAUGGUUGAUAGACACACAGGAAUAACGCAGCAAGGUUUUGGGUUUCAUUUAAAUUAUUGUGUGAAGAUGAGACUACCUUUUUAAAGAGAAUGGUGCAUGGAUAAAUUACCUCAAUAAAAAUGUUUUA